CCUUUCAUUGGUUAACAUACCAAAAAGCUCCAACACAUCGCCACCACCACUUCUACAACUCCAAAUAGAACCAUCACUUCAUAUGAAUGGGAAAUGAAAAACCUCUCACCACCCUUCCUUCUUCAAAACCAACAAGAAGACCCAACCCCAGAAGAAAACGAAGAAAAAGAAGACAAACCCAGGUGUGAAUGGGACUUCACUCUCUCCACCGUUGUCUCUUCCAGCACCACUGCCGGAGCCAUCUCCGACACCAUUGGCGUCAUUGAAUUCGACCCGUCUGAUACCCUCUUGGCCAGCGGAGGAAUAGCCAGAAAGAUUAGGAUUUAUAGCUUGAAUUCCUUGUUACCCCAUGGAAGUAGCCUGAAUGAGCUUGGAGUUACAUAUUCCGAUCAUGGUAGUGCAUGUGAUUACUAUAUAUGUACUCCGGCGAAGCUUAGUAGUCUCCGGUGGAAACCCGGGUCGGAUGGAAGGGUAUUAGGGUCGGGUGAUUAUGAUGGGGUUGUGAUGGAGUAUGAUCUUGAAAGAAGAGUACCUGUUUUUGAGAGGGAUGAGCACGGUGGGAGGCGGGUUUGGGGCAUGGAUUACUCGCGUUGGGAUCCGGUUGUCGGAGCAUCCGGGUCGGAUGAUGGGUCCAUGCAAAUGUGGGAUCCACGUUGUGACGGUGGGAAGUGUGUGGGUAUAAUACAGCCCAGUUUGACACGGAGUCCUGUGUGUUGUGUGGAGUUUAACCCGUUUGGUGGCGCAUUGGUGGCCGUUGGAUGUGCAAACAAGAAGGCCUACUGCUAUGAUAUGAGGAGCAUGGUGGACCCCGUUAUGGUCCUUGAAGGGCAUCACAAAUCAGUGACCUACGUUCGAUUCCUUGAUCAUCAUACAAUUAUAACAUCUGGUACUGAUGGGUGUUUGAAGAUGUGGAAUAUAGAUGGUUCGCACCUGAUUAAAACCUACAAGGGGCAUUUAAACACGAGAAGGUUUGUGGGUUUAUCAGUGUGGAGGAAAGGUGGCCUUCUUGGCUGUGGUUCAGAAAGUAACCAAGUUUUUGUGUAUGAUAAGAGAUGGGGUGAGCCCAUAUGGGUGCAUGGGUUCAGACCAGCGGCUCGAGGUGGUUGCGAUGGCGGGUUCGUCGGCAGUGUGUGCUGGAGGCAGGUGGGGGAGGAUGAGUGCACCCUGGUGGCUGGUGGGUCAAAUGGAGUUUUGCAAGUUUUUGAGGGCAGAAGAAGAUCUUUCUCAUAAGGUGAUGAUAAUUUUCAUUCAUUUUACAACAAGAUUGAAGGGUAUAUCAUAUUCAUAUAGAAGGUUUAACUCAAACACAAGGGCAGACAAGUUCAACCAAAAGAGAUUUGAUUGCAUAGAGAAAAUGUAGAAUAAUCGAGAGGCCUGGAUUGUUUUAGUUUGUAUGAUUCAACAAACCAAGUUAUUAUAUAAAAG